UUUGUUUCAUAAUUUUGACCAAUAGAAACGCCGAAUUCUCAAAUAUUCUAGGAUGCAUUCAAAUUCCUCACUUGAAUGUGUUUAUUCUUGUUUUUCGAGUGUUAAACAAGGAUAAAAUGAGAGCCCUCGAAUGGGAAAUUCGAAUGCACAAUUGGAAUACAAGCGAUUCACGUGUGCUUUGUACGGGGGCCGGUCUAUUAUUUUGAGGUUAAGUGAAACAUUUUUCUGUGAAAAAUGGAACGUCGUACGAAAUUAGACAAUCGGUUACGAGUUUUAAUAGAGAAUGGAGUUACUACAGGACAUAGGACGAUGUUCGUCGUCGUCGGUGAGAAAGCGAGAGACCAAGUAAGUGGUGUUACUGGCAUCCAUAUGUUAUCCAAGACCGUCAUCAAAGUUAGGCCUUCUGUACUGUGGUGUUACAAAAAGAUUAGGUUUUCCAGUCAUAGAAAAAAACGAAUGAGAUCUUUGCAAAAGACUGUUAAAUCGGGUAAAUUAGAUAUUAAUGAAGAUGACCCAUUUAAAUUAUUUGUUGUCUCAACUAAUAUUCGCUACUGUUACUAUAACGAGACACAUAAAAUAUUAGGCAACACAUAUGGCAUGUGUGUAUUACAGGAUUUUGAAGCAAUUACACCAAAUUUAUUAGCGCGUACUAUUGAAACUGUGGAGGGUGGUGGAAUCAUUGUAUUUUUGUUGCCAUCUAUGAGUUCUUUAAAAGAGCUGUAUACAAUGAAAAUGGAUGUUCAUCAAAGAUUUUGCACGGAAGCUCAUAAAAAUAUAAUAUGCCGAUUUAACGAGAGAUUUUUAUUGUCGCUGGCUUCAUGUACUCAAUGCUUGGUUGUUAAUGAUAAAUUGGAAGUACAGCCUAUAUCUUCUCAAAAUCUCACAAUAGAAUCAGUACCCAAAUUGGCUGUUUUGGAAGAACAGUCAAGUUUGGAUGUUUUAAAGAAAAGUCUGCAAGAUACUCAGCCAGUAUCUUCAUUAAUUAAUUGCUGCAAAACGAUUGACCAAGCGAAGGCAGUCCUUAAAUUUAUUGAGUGCAUUUCCGAGAAAACUUUGAAGUCUACUGUUUCGUUGACCGCAGCUAGAGGACGUGGAAAAUCCGCUGCGUUGGGACUUGCCAUUGCCGGAGCUGUUGCUUUUGGAUAUUCUAAUAUAUACAUUUCAAGUCCCAGUCCGGAGAACUUGAACACUCUUUUUGAAUUUAUCUUUAAAGGAUUUGACGCGCUGGGUUAUCAGGAGCAUCUUGACUAUGGUUUAGUACAAUCUACAAAUCCAGAAUUCAAUAAAGCCACUGUACGUGUAAACGUGUUCCGAGAUCAUCGCCAAACAAUUCAGUAUAUACAUCCAACAGAUACUCACAAAUUAAAUCAAGCAGAGCUGCUUGUGAUUGAUGAAGCAGCAGCGAUUCCCUUACCCUACGUCAAAGCGAUGUUUGGACCUUAUCUAAUAUUUGUUUCAUCAACCAUAAACGGAUACGAAGGCACGGGUCGAUCUUUGUCACUCAAAUUGUUGCAACAAUUGAGGACACAAACUGCUGGAUUAAAUAGUCACAAUGGAAAAAACGAGAAGGAGCAAAACGAGAAGAUUCUUAUCGGAAGACAAUUGUACGAGCUUACUCUUGACGAAUCGAUACGUUAUAAGCCAGGUGAUCCUGUAGAACAGUGGCUAUGCGAUUUACUUUGUCUGAAUGUUACAACACACGCACCUAUUCUGUCUGGCUGUCCUCCUCCUGACACGUGUCAGUUAUACUAUAUAAACAGAGAUACGUUGUUCUCUUAUCACAAGGCUUCUGAACUAUUUUUGCAAAGAUUGAUGUCUCUAUAUGUUGCAUCACAUUAUAAAAACACUCCAAAUGAUUUGCAAAUGAUGUCUGAUGCACCUGCACAUCAUCUCUUUUGUCUCUUGGGACCUCUAGAUUCCAAUAAAAAAGAUUUACCUGAGAUACUUGUAGUUCUUCAAAUUUGCUUAGAAGGCGAAAUUAGCAAAACUAGCAUAAACGAAGGCCUUACACGAGGUCGUAGGGCAGCCGGUGAUCUAAUACCAUGGACAAUCGCUCAGCAAUAUCAAGAUGAAGAUUUUUCGGUAUUGGCUGGCGCACGCAUUGUUAGAAUAGCCACGCAUCCCGAUUACCAAGGAAUGGGCUAUGGUAGUCGCGCGUUGCAAUUGUUGAAGCAAUAUUACGAGAUCAAAAUGCCUAAUAUUAACGAAAAUGUGCAAGAGCCAAUGGAAAUGAAAAAUGCUCCUGAUAAAACGGUCGAUUUAUUAGAAGAAACUAACGAUAUAACGGGAGAACAUUCCUGCAUAAUGAUUUGUAAAAUUAAUGCAGAACAAGAUGACGACAAAUGGUUACAAGCUUAUUGGAGUGACUUUCGCCGGCGAUUCUUAAGUUUACUAUCUUAUUCAUUUAAUACUUAUCCAGCGUCGCUUGCAUUAAGUAUAUUAAUUAACAAGACAAUAUCUUUAAAACCCAUUACGUUAAGUAAGGAAACAUUGAACGUUUAUUUUACAUCAUACGAUUUGAAGCGUUUGCAAAUGUAUAGCAACAAUAUGGCGGACUACCAUUUAAUUAUGGAUUUGAUACCGUCAUUAGCACGUCUGUAUUUCUUAAAUAUGAUGGGAGAAAUCCAUUUCUCACCAGCGCAAUCGGCAAUUCUACUUGGCUUGGGCUUGCAACACAAAACAGUUGAUAAAUUGGCAGAAGAAUUGAAUUUACCAUCUUCACAAUUACUCGGUCUGUUCAAUCGUAUAAUACGUAAAUCGAUUCAAUAUUUCAACAUGAUCGCAGAAAAAUAUAUCGAGAGCACUAUAUUGACUAAAGAAUCAUCCAGCGAAAAAGUAAAACUAAAUCCUUUAGGUGGACAAAGUUUACAUGAGGAAUUAGAAAGCGCAGCCAAGGAAUUAAAAAUUAAACAAACAGAAUUAGAGAAACUAAAGAAAGAAAAUUUAGAGCAAUACGUUAUCAAAGGAUCGGAAGCGGAAUGGACCAGUGCGUUAUCCGGCAAGCAUAGUAAAAAUUUGAUUUCUGUAAAGACCGGAAAGAGAUCAUUUCAAGACGACAACGUACAAGAAGUUGAGAAAAAACAUAAAAAGAAAAAAAAACGUACAUAACUUAUGUAUAGAAUGAAAUAAAUA